UUGGACUUCAGCAGUCAACUUCAGAAACUCCUGUUAACCAGUCCAGGAUGGCAGAGCUAGGAGUGUUUGCUGCAAGGCGACAAGAGGAAACGACGCGAGAAUCCGGAUUUUCCUACACCAACAGCAACAACACCAAAGAUCCUUUUGAGGGCCCCAACUACCACAUUGCUCCAAGAUGGGUGUACAAUAUCUCGACACUUUGGAUGCUCUUUGUGGUCGUUGCCUCAGUCUUCACCAAUGGCCUGGUACUGGUGGCCACCGCUAAAUUCAAGAAGCUCCAACACCCGCUCAACUGGAUCUUGGUCAACCUUGCUUUCGCAGACAUUGCGGAGACACUUUUGGCUAGCACCAUCAGCGUUUGCAACCAGAUGUUUGGCUACUUCAUUCUUGGACACCCAAUGUGCGUCUUUGAGGGAUACACUGUCGCCACUUGCGGUAUUGCUGGUCUGUGGUCUCUAGCUGUCAUCUCCUGGGAGAGAUGGGUGGUGGUGUGCAAGCCCUUUGGAAAUGUCAAGUUUGAUGCCAAAUGGGCCAUGGGAGGUAUUAUCUUCUCCUGGGUCUGGUCUGCUUUCUGGUGUGCCCCGCCCAUCUUUGGCUGGAGCAGGUACUGGCCUCAUGGCCUGAAGACUUCCUGUGGACCUGAUGUGUUCGGAGGUAAUGAGGACCCUGGAGUCCUGUCAUACAUGAUUACUCUCAUGAUUACAUGCUGCUUCCUGCCCCUGGCAGUGAUCAUCUUCUGCUACAUGUUCGUGUGGCUGGCCAUCCGUGCUGUUGCCGCGCAGCAGAAAGACUCUGAGUCAACACAGAAGGCUGAGAAGGAAGUGUCCAGGAUGGUCGUUGUCAUGAUUUUUGCUUACUGUGUAUGCUGGGGACCUUAUACAACCUUUGCCUGCUUUGCUGCGGCUAACCCUGGGUAUGCUUUCCACCCUCUGGCUGCCGCUCUGCCUGCCUACUUUGCCAAAAGCGCCACCAUCUGGAAUCCGGUUAUCUAUGUCUUCAUGAACAAACAGUUCCGUACGUGCAUCAUGCAGCUCUUUGGCAAGGCGGAAGACGAUGGCUCGGAAGUGUCUACAUCAAAAACAGAGGUUUCCACCGUGGCACCUGCAUAAAAAAAAAAAAAACAGACAACGUUGUACCUAUUGGAAACAAAUCGUGGACCGUUCUGAGAUUGUCCACAUGGGACUUUUCAAAUGUACAGUACAUCCUCUUGUGUUUCUUAAACAAAUCCUUUCGCACAACUUUUCAGGAGAUUAUUAAGCUUUACGUCAUACAGUUGUAAUGUGUUUAAAAAGAAAACAUUAGCCACCAAAAUUGAAAGGCUGUGGACCACCCCUUGAAGUUUCUAUAAUCCAUGGUCUUCAAAAUAACCAGAGUCGUGUGGCAAUUGAUAUGCAUACUAUGUAUCUAUUGCAGUGGCACAUUGUGGGAAUAUGUAUAUAUUGUCCUGUCAAUGUCUGUUCAAGUGGGCAAAAAAAAGUUGCCACCUUGGAAGGCAUUCCCUUCACUCAACACAGUGGCUAAACUAGACAGAAUCACAGCUGAGGAGAACUGAAAUUAACUGCCAUUGGAAAUCUGAUCAUCACAAAACUAUGUGAACAAUUUAUGGUUUCAAAAUCCCUCACUUUAUAGGUAACUUAUGAGGUAAACUUUUUGUAGCCCUCUUGCAAAUAAAAAAAAAUAAAAAAAAAUUAUAAUAUAAAAUAGAUAAUUGUGUAUACAAUGUAUUUAACAAUGUUUUUGUAGCCCUUGCAAAUAAAAAAAAAUAAUGCAUGCAUGAAAUGAGAA